AUGUUGAGCACAAUUGUAACAUCAUGCGGGCGGUCGCCCGCCUCAAUUUUGUUUAUGGUCAUCGCCGUGAUCUCCUGCCUUGCCGAUUUCACACUGGCAGUGAAGAUCAGGAACGGCGCCGAUCCCACGAUCAUGAAAGUUGGAAACAAUUAUUACUCAGCAGAGUCGGCGAGCGGCGGCAUCUGGGUUCGUGAAGCAACAACCCUCGAAGGUCUCGGAGCCGCAGAUGUCCGACGCGAGAAAGUCUGGUCCGACGAUGCCGGCCGAGGCGCCAUCUGGGCUCCGGAAAUUACCACCGAUCUCGGACGAACGUUCAUUUACUUCUCAGCCGGCGAGGAUGCAGCCCAUCGCAUGUAUGUCAUCAGCGCCGACUCGCCUCUAGGCAAUUACUCGGCCGAGUCGAAGCUAGACUUGCCGGACGAUCAAUGGGCUAUCGAUGGCACAUUCUUUGUGUUCGAGGGUUUGGGCUGGUUCGUGUGGUCUGGCUGGGAUAGCGAGGCCAACAAUUCCGAGCAGAAUCUCUACAUCUGUCGUAUGAACAGCCCAACCGAGCCUAUCGGGCAGCGCUUUAUUAUCUCCCAGCCACGCGAAUCAUGGGAGCAGGGCGACAGCCCCCGCAUCAACGAAGGUCCCGAAGCCAUCGUCGACCCGAACGGCCAACUGCAUAUCGUGUACUCAGCCAACGGCAGCUGGGGCAGCAAAUACUGUCUCGCUGACCUCCGGCUGCGUAAGGGCGGUGACCCGACCUAUGUUUGGGACUGGUACAAGUCCAAUGGCUGCUUGUUCGGUUCUCAUCAGGACAGAAUGAUGCAGGGUUGGGACGCGACCCUGUACAUCGACGGGCCUGGACACCACACUUUUGCUCUUGACGAUGGUGAGGUGAGCCAAAGCCCUGGGGGAACCAACCACAUCCCAUUCGUGUUCCACGGUGUCGAGAAGGGCACACCGUACAGCUGGGCGGCCCGCAGCUGGUUCACCGGCUCUUUUGUCUGGUGGAGCAACACUGCCUACACCCGAGGAGAUGUUCCAGGGGACAGAACAAAUACUGGCUACAGCUUCAAGUUUUUUGAAUAG